GUUCAGCGCGUCUUCCUCUCAGCAAAUCACAGCACUCGUUGUUGCUGUGGGGGACAUUCGCAGGCACCGAGGCCCUUCUGCUGUCGGCAGAGAGAGGUUCAGGUUUCGCUGCGGGCUGGUGAGACAGGGUCGGAUUUUAGCUGACAUCCAGCUGAAUAGAGCGAAACCACCAGACAGUUGUAUGAAUAGCUGUAUUGUGGGCGCUGGCUAGCCGGUGUUGUGUGUGUCCAUAUGUGUGUGACAGGUCUUCAUCAUUGCUUUGUCCAGGCUUACACGGUGUGCUGCCGCGCUAAGGAGUAAAUUGCCGUUGACAGCGACUUGUCCUGUUGUUUGUGGUCGCCCCUGGCUGUCAGCCUGCAGUGCCAGAGUCUCGUCAUCUCUGUCGAGGAUGCCGCAAACAAACAAGUCAAGAAACGCCCCGGCGGUUGAGUCUCCGGGCUCGGUCCAAGUGGGAGCUUCAGCAGAAGCUACAGAGCCGGCGUCCCAGGAGGAAAUUCAGGCUGCCGGGGACUCGGGAAGAGGGGGGGAAGCUGAGGAUAAUGUCGGUGACAGAGAGAUCAUCAAAUCACCCAGUGACCCCAAACAGUACAGGUACAUUGUGUUAGAAAACGGGCUGCGAGCUCUGCUCAUCUCAGAUUACAGUGGACCGACAGAAGAUGGAGAGUCAGAUGAAGGUGAAGAAGAAGAGGAGGAGGAGGACGAUGAUGAAUCUGAAGAUGGAUCAGAGGAUGGGUCUGAGGAAGAUGACGAAGAUGAGGGCAUCGAUGAUGAAGAUGAUUACAAUGAGGGGAAAAAGAAGAAAGGAAAUGCAGAGAAACAGUCUGCGGCAGCGUUGUGUGUUGGUGUGGGCAGCUUCAGUGACCCCAGCGAUCUCCCCGGCCUAGCUCACUUUCUGGAACACAUGGUGUUCAUGGGCAGUGAGAAGUAUCCAUCAGAAAACGGCUUUGAUGCUUUCCUCAAGAAGCACGGUGGGAGCGACAAUGCCUCCACGGACUGUGAGAGGACCAUCUUCCAGUUUGACAUUCAGAGGAAAAACUUCAAAGAGGCUCUUGACAGGUGGGCACAGUUCUUCAUCUGCCCCCUAAUGAUUCGGGAUGCCAUUGACAGGGAAGUGGAGGCUGUUGACAGUGAGUACCAGCUGGCUAAGCCAUCUGACUCCCACAGGAAGGAGAUGCUAUUUGGCAGUCUGGCCAAACCUGGACACCCUAUGGGCAAGUUCUGCUGGGGGAAUGCGGAGACACUGAAGCAGGAGCCCAAAAGAAUGAAGAUCAAUGUGUAUAAGCGGCUGCGGGCCUUCUGGAAGAAAUACUACUCUGCCCACUACAUGACUCUGGCUGUGCAGUCAAAAGAGAAGCUGGACACUCUGGAGGAGUGGGUCAGAGAGAUCUUCAGCAAGGUGCCUAACAAUGGUUUGCCCAAGCCAGAUUUCUCUGAUAUGCUGGAUCCUUUUGACACAACGGCUUUCAGCAAGCUCUACAGAGUUGUCCCCGUCGGGAAAGUUCAUGCACUGAAUAUCACCUGGGCUCUUCCUCCUCAGGAGAAAUACUACAGAGUGAAGCCUCUCCACUACAUCUCUUGGCUGAUUGGCCAUGAAGGCACAGGAAGCAUCCUCUCAGUGCUUAGGAAGAAGUGCUGGGCUGUGGCUUUGUUUGGAGGAAACAGUGAAACUGGCUUUGACCAAAACACCACCUACUCCAUCUUUUCAAUCUCCAUCACCCUAACCGAUGAGGGUUUCCAAAACUUCUACAAGGUGACUCGCCUCGUGUUCCAGUACCUGAAGAUGUUGCAGACACUUGGACCACUGCAAAGGAUAUAUGAAGAGAUUCAGAGGAUUGAAGCAAAUGAGUUUCACUAUCAGGAGCAAAUUGAUCCUAUAGAGUACGUGGAGGACAUUUGUGAAAACAUGCAACUGUUCCCUAAAGAAGACUUCCUGACAGGAGAUCAGUUGAUGUUUGAGUUCAAUCCAGAAGUGAUCAGUGCAGCUCUGUCUCUCCUCACCCCUGAGAAAGCCAACCUGAUGCUGUUGUCACCAGAACAUGAGGGCCAGUGUCCCCUCAGGGAGAAGUGGUUUGGCACACAAUACAACGUGGAGGAUAUCCAGCAAGAGUGGAUGGAGCAGUGGACAGGAAACCUGGAGCUUACUGCUGACCUCCACCUUCCUGCAGAGAAUAAGUUCAUUGCCACUGACUUCACCCUGAAGCCCUCUGACUGCCCAGACACCGAGUUCCCAGUCCGGAUAGCCGACAGCGACAGGGGCUGCCUGUGGUACAAGAAAGAUAACAAAUUCAAAAUCCCAAGAGCCUACGUCAGAUUCCACUUAAUCUCUCCAGUAAUCCAGCAAUCCGCUAAGAAUGUGGUCUUGUUUGACCUUCUGGUAAACAUUCUGGGCCACAACCUGGCAGAGCCAGCCUAUGAGGCUGAAGUGGCCCAGUUGGAGUAUAAACUGGUUGCUGGUGAGCACGGACUGGUCAUCAAAGUUAAAGGAUUUAACCACAAGCUUCCUUUGCUCUUUCACCUGAUCAUUGACCACCUGGCAGAUUUCUCGGCCUCCUCUGACGUCUUCAGCAUGUUCGCAGAGCAGCUGAAAAAAACCUACUUCAACAUCCUCAUUAAACCUGAGAAACUCAGCAAGGACGUGCGCUUGUUAAUCUUGGAGCACUCUCGCUGGUCCAUGGUGGACAAAUAUCAGGCUCUAACAGCUGGUUUGACCACUGAAGAGCUGACGGAGUUCAGCCGGAGCUUCAGAGCUGAGCUCUUUGCAGAGGGACUGGUGCAAGGGAACUUUAGCAGUGCAGAGUCUGUGCAGUUUCUGCAAUAUGUCACAGAUAAGUUGCAGUUCUCCAAGCUGACAGCGGAGGUACCGGUGAUGUUCAGAGUGGUCGAGCUUCCACAGAAGCACCACAUCUGUAAGGUCAAAUCACUCAAUAAAGGAGACGCCAACUCGGAAGUCACUGUUUACUACCAGUCUGGCCCCAAGGCUUUAAGGGAGCACACGCUGAUGGAGCUGUUGGUGAUGCACAUGGAGGAGCCCUGCUUUGAUUUCCUCAGGACCAAAGAGACUCUGGGAUACCAUGUCUACCCCACCUGCAGAAACACCUCAGGCGUUCUAGGUUUCUCUGUCACAGUGGAGACACAGGCCACGAAGUUCAACACCGAGCUGGUGGAGUUAAAGAUUGAAGAGUUCUUGACUUCAUUCGGAGAGAAGCUCAAUGCACUGACUGAGGAGGCCUUUAAUACUCAGGUGACUGCUUUAGUGAAGCUCAAAGAGUGCGAGGACACACAUCUUGGUGAGGAGGUGGACAGGAACUGGGCAGAGGUGGUUACGCAGCAGUAUGUGUUCGAUAGGCUCAAUAGAGAGAUCGAGGCUCUGAAACAGAUGACGAGAGAUGAACUCGUCUCUUGGUUCAAAGAACAUCGUGGACAGAGCAGCAGGAAGCUCAGUGUGCAUGUGGUGGGAUUUGGUGCUGAAGAGAAUGAUGAGGAGGGCAGUGGUGAAAAGCAGGAAGAAAAAGGCAAAGAUGAGGAUUUAAGGAGCUCAGCCUACGGUGAAGUGUCUAAGCUUAGUUUCCUUCCAGCCUCUCCCAAAGUGGAAGGUGCCAUAGCCAUCGUGGACAUUCCUGCUUUCACUGAAGGCCUGCCCCUCUUUCCCUACCACAAGAUACUUAAAUAAACUUGUGCUCAGACUGUGAGACAGACUUACUCAGCCACAUUCAGGGACUCUGCCUCAUUAGAGAUGCAGGCACUUAAUAUGAGGUGAAGGAAGGUUGAAGCAGCUUUGGCUCCUUUCUGGACCUGGAUUUCGACUCUGGAGCCCAGCUGUAGGUUUUCCCCACGCUCUGUGCAUAAGCAAAAAGACUGAGAGUGAUGAUAGAGUUUUCUUUUAGCUAACUGAUAGUCUGUUCUGCUUUCUCACAUUCAAUUAUUUUAUAUCCUCAGCAGCUGCGAGAAACUGAAAUUCUUUGAAUCAGAUUCUCAUUUAUUUGGUUCUCCGAGCUGUAGUGCUGCUACAGAAGUUAAAAUCUGUAUUUUCCGCUGUCUGCGUCGCAGUCCAGACUGAGUAUAAUUCAAUUUAAAAACACAAAUCGACUGUGAAAACAGCAGAAAUGCUUUGAACUCCAUGCGUGUGAAUUUGUGUGCUGGAUUUCAGGCUCUGGUGUGUGCUGCGGUUAUUGGGUGACCUGGAUCGUGCUGUGCUGUGAAACUGCAAAGAAAUAAAUCAUCAUCAGUCGAUGUUGAGUGAAUGAAUGAAGCCGUUUAAGCUGUCUUCACAGCAAAAAUACACUGAAACUUCAAAUCAUUGUGACUCUUAUGUGACUCAUGUUAAAUUUGAAAGGAGUUUUGAUGUUCUGGGUGCAGUUUUCUUGGCAUGCAGUCACAUUAAAUAACACAGAUGGCACAGAGAGACGAGUAGUUGCUAGAAUCAACUGCGUCACACACUGAGGUUAUUUUAAAGUCAGAAAUGUUUGCAUGCCGGUGACUCAACGUGAUGUCAUUUCUACAACUUUAAAUUAUGUGAAAAUUAUACAUUACUCACAGACGCUCUGCCCGAACCAUGAAGAAGAGGCUGCCGCAGGUGAUUUUGUCUUGGUCUUGUGCUUGGAGAUACUUUGCAUUAUUGAAUGUAUUUAAAAAAAAAAAAAAAUUAAGCCCAGCUCAGUAGAGCAUGUUAACAGAAUUGACUAAUAUGCCUCAUACUGUAGAAAAGCCUUCACCUGCAGCAGCGCCACACGUGAUGAUAAUUGUUACAGCUUUGUGAUGGAAGGCAAAACAGCUCGUUGGCAUAAGAUUCACAUGGUUCCUGUACCACACCACACAUGGCUCUUCUUCAGGCUAUGCAGAGGCAAAUCCACGGCUCAUACUCUUACUGCAUUGGGAGUGUGUUUGACAAUGUAGCUUU